AAAAACUCGGAAUCUCGAGCUCCCAAUCAGUCGCAGUCGGGUUGCUUGUCUGUUCGCCUCUCGCGCUAAAGUCUCUAUCAGCUAUCUGUUGUUUAUUGAGAUUUUGAAAAAGUAAUUCUAAAAACAAUGGUUUACGUAUGCACUCUUGUGGCGUUGAUCUUUCCCGCCUUGUUGUUGGCUGCACCUUGGGAAAGCCAAAAUCCCAAGUCUCAGGUGGAAUACAUCAGCAACGACAAGACAGUGGCUUCUGGCUACGCCAAGCCCAACAUCGUGCCCAUCACGCAACCGCCGGUCGUGACGCAAACAGCUCCUCCACCGCCUCCAAAUUCCAAGAACUUCGCAUAUAAUCCGAUGACGCAGAGCUGGACCCUGAUUGCGCCAGGCGAUCCGCUGCCCAAUAAUGACACCCUUGUCUGGAACCAGAACAAUGACAAAUGGCUCACUCGCUAAGCAAUUCAGCAAUCAAUGGCAAUGCUUUAAUCAUUGUGUUUUAAUGUCAAAAGAAAUAAAACUAAUUCACUGA